AAUUCCUGGUUCGGGUUGUGGUUUUUCACAGCCUUUCUGCUCAGCAGUUUCCUCAGUGACUUCAGUGAUUCUGGACCAUUGUUUUUGAAAUGCUAUUACAGAAGCCGGCUCUUGUGCUGUAUUUAUUGGAUGAAACUCAACUAUUUACUCUCAGUCAAGCGGGUAAAAACCCUUAACUGCAGUUUACAUGUGUAGGUCACUGCGUUACUGCGUUAGCCACUGUCUCUACGCAGCGAUGACAAGGCUAGAAGAAGCAAACAGAGAAGUGAACAUGCACUCGUCUGUCAGAUACCUGGGCUACCUUGCCAGAAUCAACUUACUCGUUGCCAUUUGCAUGGGCCUUUAUGUCAGAUGGGAGAAAACUGCAGAUGCAUUGAUUUUGGUGAUAUUUAUCCUGGGGCUUUUUGUUCUUGGAAUUGCCAGCAUCCUCUACUACUAUUUUUCAAUGGAAGCAGCAAGUUUGAGUCUCUCCAAUCUUUGGUUUGGUUUUCUGCUUGGCCUUCUCUGUUUUCUUAACAAUUCUACYUUCAAAAAUGAUGUGAAAGAAGAAGCUACUAAGUAUUUGCUCCUUUCUGCCAUUGUUUUACGGAUAUUAUGUGCUUUGGUUGAGAGGAUUUGUGGCUGUAUCCAUCACCGACCGACUCUGCUGACAACAGUUGAAUUUUUGGAACUGGUUGGGUUUGCAAUUGCCAGCACAACUAUGCUGGUAGAAAAAUCCAUGAGCAUUAUUUUGUUGGUCGUGGCUUUGGCCAUGUUGAUUAUUGACUUACGUAUGAAGUCUUUUUUGGCAAUUCCAAAUUUGGCAAUUUUUGGAGCUCUUGCAUCCUUGCUGUUUUUCCCUUCUCUGAAGAUUCCCACAAACCCGUUUGCCUUGGCGUGUUUCUUCAGUUGCCUGAUUUCAGAUCCCCUGCUCGACGUUUACUUCAGCGGGCUCUCAGUCACGGAGCGGUGGAAGCCCUACCUGUACCGUGGCAGAAUUUGCAGAAGGCUUUCUGUCAUCUCAAUUGGAGUCGUUGAACUUAUCUUUUUCGUUCUUGCAGCCUUCAAACUGGGUGACUUGGAUCUCUGGUACUUUGUAAUACCCGGGUUUUCUAUUUUUGGAAUUUUUUGGAUAAUCUGCCACGUUAUUUUUUUGAUAACCCUCUGGGGAUUUCACACAAAACUAAAUGACUGUCACAAGGUAUACUAUACCCACAGGGCCGAGAACAACAGCCUCGAUAGAGUUAUGGCAUCUAAAGGAAUGCGUCACUUCUGUUUAAUUUCAGAGCAACUGGUCUUCUUCAGCCUCGUCGCAACUGCUGUGUUGGGGGCAGUAUGCUGGCAGCCGGCGAACGGGAUCUUCAUGAGCGCCUUCCUCAUCGUCUUGCCCCUGGAGUCGAUGGCUCACGGGCUGUUCCACGAGCUGGGAAGCUGCUUGGGAGGCACGUGUGUUGGCUAUGCGGUUGUGAUCCCCACCAACUUCUGCAGCCCUGAUGGCCAACCAACUCUUCUUCCACCCGAGCACGUGCAAGAGCUAAACCUGAGGUCUACAGGCAUGCUUAAUGCCAUCCAGAGGUUCUUUGCCUAUCACAUGAUUGAGACGUACGGCUGUGACUACUCYACGAGCGGCCUGUCCUUCGAUACGCUGCACUCCAAGAUCAAGUCUUUUCUUGAACUUCGGACUGUGGACGGACCCAGGCACGAUACCUAUAUUUUGUAUUACAGUGGUCACUCRCAUGGCACUGGCGAAUGGGCACUAGCAGGGGGAGAUGCCCUACGACUCGACACUCUCCUGGAGUGGUGGCGAGAAAAGAACGGCACUUUCUGCUCCCGUCUCAUCAUCGUUUUAGACUGUGAGAACUCUCAGCCGUGGGUGAAGGAAGUCAGGAAAGUGAAUGACCAGUACGUCGCUGUGCAGGGCGCCGAGAUGGCCAAGGUCGUGGACCUCGAGGAGGCCGAUCCGCCGCAGCUCGGCGACUUCACCAGGCAGUGGGUCGAGUACAACUGCAACCCCGGCAGCAGCAUCAGCUGGUCGGAGAAGGGGCGCACGGUGAGAGCCGUGUACGGGGUGUCCAAGCACUGGAGUGACUACACGUUGCACUUGCCAACAGGCAGCGACGUGGCCAAGCACUGGAUGAUUUACUUCCCCCGCGUCACCUACCCCUUAGUGCAUUUGGCAAACUGGUUUUGUGGCCUCAAUCUGUUCUGGCUCUGCAAAGCGUGCUUUAGGUGCCUGAAAAGGUUAAAAAUGAGCUGGUUUCUUCCCACGGUGCUGGACACAGGACAAGGUUUCAAACUUGUCAAAUCCUAAUUAGGAACCAAAGAGGAACAUCAGUGGGAGUUCUGGGAACUUACUCAUUUACAGUACAACGUACAACUUUUUAUAUGACUGUUUUCUUUGAAUGAAUGUGCUACAUCAGGAGCUGCGCUCACCUUGUUCAGCUUUUUGAGCAGCUACAGAAUAUGCAACAGUUAGAAACUGCGUCUUAAACGGAAGAGGCUACGACUGUAAUAUUCAGGUUUUGUUACUGAACUGUAUCUAAAUAUGUAAAAGACCUACUUGAAAUGASCCUGCAUUUGGAGACAGCUUUCGUGUUCGUCCGUGUUCCCUUUCCCGAGUGCUGAGCUGGGGCGGCCGCGGCUCCCGCGGAUGUUCUGGCCAGUGUGUGUGUCCCCUGCACCAGGCUCAGGGACGGGACGGGAACGGAACGAAUCUUCCAUUCACUUUGUAUGCCCUUGGAAUUAUAGGGAGGGGUCAGGGGUGCUGUAAAAAGCACUGAGCCAAAAAUGAGAGUAGAAGAAUGAAGAGCCAUCGUAGGUAGGUAGCCACCAAAGAUACCUGGGUUUAUUUGCCU